AUGGCGCGUGGCAUGGCGGCGGCGAAGGGCGGCGUGGCCGCGGGCAAGAAGAAGGGGUCAGUCUCAGACACCUUCCCCAUCGACUGCACCUGCACCAAGCCCGCGGAGGACAAGAUCAUGGAGAUCGCCCUCCUCGGGAAGUUCCGGCAGGAGCGAAGCAAGGUUGCCGGAGGAAAGGCCGGUGACCUUUGGCAAAUCCGUUACCAUCUCCCGCUAGAAGACCAAGGUCACCAUCACCUCUUAUAG